AUGAGGUCAUACCAUCAUGUGAAAUACCUUGCUGACACAAAGACACACUACCUUGCUGAGCUGGAGGCUGUUGACUUCCGUACAAAUGCAGAGGCAGCUUGAGUGAACAUCAUCAAAUGGGUGGAGGAAAAGACUCAAGACAAAAUCAAGAACCACUUGGAACCAGGGAUUUUGGAUGUGGAUACCAGACUGGUGCUAGUAAAUGCAAUCUACUUCAAAGGCAACUUGGACAAGCAGUUCAAAAGCGCUCUAACAGAAGUUCAGUUUAAGCUCAAAAAGAAUGAAAGCAAGCCUGUUAAAAUGAUGCAUCAGAAGGCCAAGUUCCCCUUCACCUACAUUCCCGACACAGAGUGCCAGAUUCUGGAGCUGCCCUACGUGGGCAAAGAUCUGAGCAUGCUCAUUAUGCUGCCUAAUGAGAUGGAGGACAACACCACUGGACUAGAGAAGCUGGAGCAGAUGCUCACAUAUGAGAACUUUGCGGAGUGGACCAAGCCAGACAUGAUGGACACUGUUGAGGUGGAGGUGGGUCUCCCCAAGUUCAAGCUGGAGGAGAAAUACGACCUCAAGGAGGUCCUGGUGAGUAUGGGAAUGACGGACGCCUUCAACAACGACAAGUGCGACUUCUCCGGCAUGUCUCCCUGCGACGACCUUGUUCUGUCCAAGGUCGUGCACAAGUUCUUUGUGGAGGUGAAUGAGGAGGGCACUGAGGCGGCGGCCGCCACGGCUGCCAUCAUGAUGAUGCGCUGCGCCAUGCUGCCCCCCGAGAGGUUCAUGGCGGACCACCCCUUCCUCUUCUUCAUCCGACACAACCCCACCCAGAGCGUACUCUUCUACGGCCGCUACAGCUCCCCUUAAGCUGAGGAUGAAAUGAAAGAGAUG